AUGGACUUUUUGCUUUAUUGGAUAAAGAAUGUUGAUCAAUUUGACUUUUCUAGACCAUUAUAUCAUAUUACUGUCGAUGCUUUGUUAGACUCUAAACUUUAUACAAUAAGUGGUACCAUGGUUUUUUGUUUCGAUCUUUCAAAGCCUCUAGACGCAUCAUUUUUGAUGUAUGAUCUUCUUCCUAUGCUUCCUGUUUUUAGCAUGUGGGGAACUGCAGGAAUAAAUGGGUCAAAAGUAUUUUUGAUUGGUGGCGUGACGACGGAUAUAAAUAUCGGUAAUUUAAGCGAUAAUUUAAUAUAUAGUUUUGACGCUGUUAACCACGAAUGGGCAGUACCAGAAGUUGCAGGAGUUCAACCAUUAAGACGUAGAGAAGCUUCAUCUACUUUUGAUCCUGCUACCGGAUGGAUUUAUAUUUUUGGUGGAGCAACAGUCCGAUAUAAUUAUGAGUUUGAUAAAACUGAGUUUUUUAAUGAUUUUAUCAUAUUAGAUUCAACCAAUUUAUCUUGGAUUAGUAUUGAUUCGUUUUCUUUUAAUAUUCCAACGAAAAGAGCCUCUCAUACUGCAACACUCAUUGAAAAUGGUAUUAUUGUCUUCAUUGGUGGAUAUGAAGUAAUCAAUGGUACUAUUGUCCAAGAUGUUGACAUUAAUCAGAUUUGGACGUAUGAAAUCAAAUCAGGGACAUGGAAAUGUCAGUAUGCUGUUGGUGAUAAGCAUCCGAUGGAAAUAUCAUCAUCUAUGGCGGUUGUAAUCUUAAUGGAUCAAGAUCCACACCAGACCUUAUUGUACUUAAUGUCAAAAACUAUUCCAUUUCAAUGGUCAGCACCAUCAAUUCCACCAGACAACGCGCCACCUUCACUUGCUUAUCAUACGGCCACUAUUUUUGAAAAUUAUAUGUUUAUAUUUUUUGGUAAUAUUACGAAUGAUUUUUCUGAACCUUUGGAUUCGAGUAUGGAUUUUUACAUAUUUGACACAAUAUCUUUCACGUGGGUUACUUCUAAUCGACCAUUUACAGCAUCUCAAAUGAAAAUUAUUAGAAUUAUUGGGAUUAUUAUGCAUGUAGCUUUAGCUAUUGGAUUUGUAUUUGGGUGGGAAUUUUCUGUUAUAAAUUAA